UUGUCGACUUUUAGGAGUUUGAUUUGGAAGCCUCCGCCACAUUAUGGUAUAGCACGACAAUUGCCCCGUCGUACACAAGCGUCAUCUGAUAUCAUUUGACACAGAUCAGCGCAUUCCGGGUUAUAUCAAGGGCUAUGUUCGUCGUUUCUGGCAGUGAGGACCAUCGUGGUACCCCUGAAGCCCCGGGAAGAGUGGUCACGUUGAUCCAGAGGUCUUUUUGGGAAACCCUUGAAGAUCCUCGCCAUACCGAAGGGGACUGCGUGUGGGGAGUCGCCUAUCACAUACCCCCCUCCAAAGUCGAAGAGGUGCGAGAGUAUCUUGAUCUCCGUGAAAUAAAUGGAUACAGCAUCCAAUACACUCCCUUUCAUCCGGCGGACCGUUCACUUCCGGAUCUUCAUUGUCUGGUGUAUAUUGGAAUGCCAGAUAAUCCCCAGUUCUUAGGGGCCCUUCCGCCUCAACAAGUUGCAGAGACCAUCAACGCGAGCAUCGGUCCAAGUGGAGAGAACAGAGAAUACCUGUUGCACCUUGAAGAGGCUCUAAAUCACCUGAGUCCAGAUAGUGGCGACGAACAUGUUACUGACCUCGCUCGCCGCGUUCGGGCGUUGCUUCCACCGGUUCGGGUUCCGCCUGUACCACCAUCAGAGCAUACCUUGAAAAGAGUUAACAGUACUGAAGAGCAAGAAGAGAUUGAGAAG